UUCCAUCCAUUGGGGAGACUUCUACCAGCAGCCAUACUGUAGCAGGAGCAAUAAGCUAUAGCAGCAGUGGUUUAAUGAGCACUAGCACAAGUACAAAUGUGGUCACCUCACUUCCAUCAUCUACAAUCCAAAUACCAUCAUCCCUCUUCAGCAAGGAGUCACCCUACCUGGGACUUAUGAAUUCUGCUGGGACACUUGCCCCUAAUCAGUGUAGUGUGUGUCUGCGGGUGCUAAGCUGCCCAAGAGCAUUACGUUUGCACCAGGCUACUCAUUUAGGUGAACGACCCUUCCCCUGCAAGCUAUGUGGUCGAUCCUUCUCAACUAAAGGAAGCCUUCGAGCACACCUUGCCACCCACCGUGCCCGCCCUCCAAACAGUCGCGCCCAGAAUUCUUGCCCCUUAUGCCAGCGGAAAUUUACCAAUGCCCUUGUACUACAACAUCAUAUCCGCAUGCACUUAGGAGGACAGCUACCACCAGAGCACAUGCCAGAUACCUCAACAGAAUGUGAUAUUUUGUCCCAUUCCGAGUCUAUUGAGCUCUCUGCUUCAGAAAUCAGCCCUAGUGCUACAGAUGUUCAGUUACUAGAUGCUGAUCUACAGACAGUUUCGGAUUCUCCCAUAACCUCCAGCCUACCUGCUUCACUUAGCUCAGGUUUUGUACCACCUUUAGACCUAACCCCUGACCCAUACCUGAAUCCAACCCCUCAUUCACCUCCAAUAUUCAGAGCUGAUCACCCUGAGCUCUCAAUCACUGUACCUUCUCCAGUGGAAUCUGCAGCCUCCCUUGUCAUUCCUGCCACCCAGUCAGCAUCAGCAACAACUGGUCCUUCUACCACUGAUGAACUAUCUUUUGAAAUUUCCAGCAACACUGCCUUCUUGGAAGAUAAAAAGAUUUCAUGCUCCUCUGCUCUGAAGAAAGCAAGUCCACUAAGAGAUGACUGUGAACAUAGUGAAAAUAUAUGUGUCUCACCUAUUCCUUGCUCUGCAUCCAGAUCAAAUCUGGAGGAUCUUCUUAGUAUACAAGCUCAUAAUGCAUCCAGAGUUCCUCCACCACAUCCAGAAUCAACACCACCUUCUCUCCUUGCGCUGAGAUCUGAGAGUGCGUCUUCUCAUACAGUACGCCUAGAGGAGCCUGACCAAAGCCUUCUCCAAAUAUCCAAAUUAAUCCCCCAAGAGUUCCCUAAGGAAGAAAAGGCGGAAGAUAAAAUUCAUAAAACACCAAAGAAUGGACAAAGAACAACUCCAGAUUUGAGUAUUAAUGCAGAUACGGUAUCAGACACUGUAAACAAGACAAAUGAGGAUGAGACUGUGGAUUGUGACACACGUGUGCGGAAGACCAUAACGGAAGCUCACUGUAGUUCAACUGCAAAGGAUAAAGUGGACCAUAAAGAUAUAACAGGAACUGAAAUGGACCGAACAGAAUCAACUGUAUGCAUAUCACUGACUCCCAGUCUUCCACCUCCAAUGCCAGAAAAAAAAAUAUACCACUGUUCUGAAUGUGGAAAAGAGUAUGCAAGUCGCAGUGGACUUAAGGGACACAUGAAGCACCAUGGAGGAGUUGCCAAGGCACCCCGAGCUCCUGCAAAGACCAAGGGCCCAGAGAGAGUCUUGCAUCAUGAGCGGUCACAAACUCACCACCUUGCAACCUUCCUGCCACCAGGACAUCAGUGAGUUUCUUGAACCAAGCCCUCCGAAAACAUCAGCAAGCAUCAGAGAGCUCUCCACUAGACCCUGUUAAAAAAAAUCAGAAAAAAAGUGUUAAGAUGAAUUUAAUAGCUGACAAAUGGGAAGGAACCUGAAGGAUAUUUUGGACUAUGACUUGACUGAAAAAAAAAAAAAAAACAUAACCCCACUCAUGUGCACACAGUAAACACAUAGAGGGUUAUUUCUUGGUUUUGAAAAUGUCUCUGAUCUUUAACACAGAUCUUUUAUAUUAAAAUACCUGCAUUGUGUAUUUUAAUAUAUGUAAUGAUGUCUAAAUAUAUCUUAUAGAACUUCUUUGAAUAUUAUGUGAUGUUCUUUUAGAUAAAUGUUAAUUAUUUUGUCUGUUUAAGGUAAGAUGGAUUUGUUUACUUUUCCAAAGUAAAGAUCUUAAGGUAGCUAAGGAUUUGAACAAUAGCUUUGGGUGAGGAACAGACCAAAAUGUAUUAAGCCAAUGAUGACAUAAUUGAUCACUUUCUCACUAAGAGUUAGUUAUUGUAUUGGUAUACCAUUUCUCUAUUCUUAAAUAACAACAUUUUAAAAAAUAUGCAGAGUUUUUGAUCAAAAUCUAUAAAGGAUGGGAUGGUAAAAUUUGGAGGGAGUGUAUUUCAAAUGAAAAAAUAUAAAACGCACCUUGUCGAUACCUUGUUUUACGGCAGCCAUGCACAAAUCAUUGUUAUCAACCUUUGGUCAAAAAUUCAAGCUCUUAUCAAUUUUCAUAAUAAGCUCAAAUGUUUAAAAAAAUACCCUACUCAAAACGCUUAGUACAGACAGUGCAGCUGGAGCCAAGAGGAAGUAAAUGUUCAAUUGUUUUCCUAGGGCAAACCAACUGUGAACCAGUGCUUUUAAUAUUAUUUUAAACACUUCAUAAAAUUUACAUUAUGUAAAUUCACAUGAAAUACUCUUGACUUGUACUAAAUCUUCAGGCUUUUAUGUAACAGUUUUUCAGUUGGGAAGCACCAAAACACCAAACUGUAAAUAUGACCUGUCAAACUAUGUCCAUUGUGUCCAUGUUUGUCCUGUCCAGCUGUACAAUAUUAGACAAUAUACUGCUCUUAACAUCAACUAGACUAAAGAGUCGGGUAAGAUUGUUUAACAAGCCUGUAUGUCAGUGUAAGCUCUUGUUACUUUAAUAUUGUUAGUGUAGCUAUUGAAAAAGGUAGAAAUAAAUUGACUGAUUCUGAGAUGAACCAUUAUCUAGCUUAAAAGGUAACCCUUUCUAUAAUUCUUGGUGAAAAUGUUUAUUUCUUUGGUGAUGUUUGUUCUUUGCCUGGAUACUUUUACAUGUAUCUUCUAUAGAAAUGAAUUGGGUGUAUGAGUCUGACUGUAAUAUGUAGUUUCAUGGUACAGCUAAAAGAUAAAAAAGGAAAUAAAAACCAGUGUAUUCAUGA